UAUAAGUUGGGUGGACUAUGAAGAAUUAAGAAAGGUUGUGUAAAGACUGUUUGAUAUGGGAAUCUGCAUAUCCACUGCAUCUUCAGAGAUUCAUGAUCAACCUGAGAUUAACAAAGGUCAUGAAGAUAAUGUGUUAUUCCUUGAACAAAAUAUUGUUUCUAAGAAACUUGGUUCUCUUUAUUCCAAACAAGGAAGCAAAGGACUGAACCAAGAUGCCGCCAUUCUUUGCCAGGGAUAUGGAAUGGAAGAUGGAGCGUUUUGUGGAGUUUUUGAUGGUCAUGGGAAGACUGGUCACAUCGUGAGCAGGAUUGUGAGAGAUCGGUUGCCAUCUCUGGUACUAGACCAAAUGAAUGCUCUUGCAAAGAAUACAGUAACAAAUAACCAAAAUUUGCAAAACCGCAUUGACAGAGUAGAUGAUGAAGAGGUGCCAAGCAAUGAAUUUUAUAAAUGGCAGGAGGCUUGUGUUAGUGCUUUCAAGGUGGUGGACAAGGAAGUCAAGCUUCAAGAGAAUUUGGACUGUUCUUGCAGUGGAACCACAGCAGUAGUUGUCAUAAGACAGGGUGAAGAUCUUGUUAUAGCAAAUCUUGGGGACUCGAGGGCUGUGUUGGGGACAGUGAAUGAGAAGGGAGAAGUCAAGGCUGUCCAAUUAACAACUGAUUUAAAGCCGGGCUUACCCAGUGAAGCAGAAAGAAUAAGGAAGUGCAAUGGGCGAGUACUUGCUUUAAAGGAAGAACCACAUAUCCAGCGAGUGUGGCUACCCCAUGAGGACUCCCCAGGCCUGGCAAUGUCUCGAGCUUUCGGAGACUUCCUACUCAAAAACCAUGGCAUAAUUUCUGUCCCUGAUGUUUCCUAUCACCGCUUAACUUCCAGAGACCAGUUUAUUGUUCUUGCAACUGAUGGGGUAUUCGAUGUGCUUAGUAGCAACCAAGUUGCCUCCAUUGUAUGGGAAUCAGGUAGCGAACAGGAAGCUGCAAGAGCUGUGGUGGAGGCGGCAACCAUGGCAUGGAAAAAGAAGUUUCCGUCUUCAAAAGUAGAUGAUUGUACUGCAGUUUGCCUCUACCUUCAAGACAGGCAACAAAACCAGUUACCUUGACGUCUUUGUAACGCCGUGGCGCAGCGCAGCCAUAGUUUUUAUCUUGCAACACUUAAUAGUCAUUUUACUACAUGAUAUGUUUCCAGUUGCUUUUUUUUUUUUGAGAUAAAUAACCAUAACCAAUCGAUCAAAUGGGUUUCCAAGGUUCAGUACAGAUCAAGCUACAGAUCUGGAAAUUACAAUAAUAUCUUAUGAUUCUAAAUUAAACUCCUGGACUUAUCAAACCAUCAAUUGUGUUGGUUUGAUAAAUUCAGAAGUAUUAAAUACGGUGACAACAAUGGUAAAAGCCC